GCGGCUCCCGCCGAUGGGCCGGGCCAGACCGCCGUGGUCCUGUUUUACCGCUACGAGAACCUGGGCCAGCGGAGGUCCCAGGAGCUCGCCGCGCAGCAGCGCGCCCUCGGCGAGCGGCUCCGCCUCGUGGGCCGCGUGCUCGUGGCGGGCGAGGGCAUCAACGGCACUGUCCAGGGCAGAGCCGAAGCCGUCGCCGAGUACGAGGCCGCCGUGGAGACCACGCUGGGGGUUGGCAUCGACUGGAAGAGGAGCACCGCUGGCGCCGAGGCGCUUUUCCCGGACUUCGCCGUAAAGGAGGUCGCCGAGCUGGUCAGCUUCGGCCUCCCGGACAUGGAACGCCAGAACGUUUCAUGGAGCGUCAGCUUUCGGACACCCGAGGAUUGCCGCUCUAGCGGCGCCGGACUUCCUCUCCCCGCGCUACUGGCCAGCGCGCCUCGCGCUCCAGGGAGAGGGCGGUGCACGCAGAGGAUCAGCGCCGGCGGAGAAGCCGUCCGCCGUCCGCGGACGUCCGACGGCUCACGUUUACGCAUGUGGCUCUCCCUGGUGCUCCCAUAG